CAUUUUCAUUAUCGGGUGUAGACUAUAGCCGCGCCGGUACUUUGCUUUUGCAAAUUUGACGAAUUGUUCCACCAAUCUUAUCGUUUUUGUACAUUCAAUUAGUUAGUACGAUUCUGUAUUCAAGAAAUCUUGAUCUUUACUACUAUGAACUACCAAGAAGAAGUCCAUCCAUCCGGAGAACUCGAUAUGGAGGGAGAAAUGAGACCACUUGAUGGUGGUCGCUCUCCCGACGCUCUGAUUGAGAAACCAAACUUCAGGAAUGGAACUAAUGAUACUGAUGGAAAGUACGUAAGUCUGAAUGAUGUAUCAGACAUUGAUCCGUAUAACGAUGAAGAGGACCAAGCUCGGGGGAAAUGGGGAAGCAAGAUUGACUUUCUCCUGUCCUGUGUCAGCUAUGCUGUUGGAAUCGGCAACGUUUGGAGGUUUCCUUUCCUCUGCUAUCAGAAUGGAGGAGGAGCCUUCUUGAUCCCCUACAUUCUAAUUCUGUUUGCCGGCCUUCCCUUGUUUCUGCUUGAGAUGAGCUUUGGUCAGUUCACCGGUGUUGGAUGUCUUGGUAUCUGGAAGAUCUGCCCAAUGUUCAAAGGUAUUGGCUAUGGUAUGUUGGUGAUCUGUUUCCUGGUGUCCAUCUAUUACCAAGUGAUCCUAGCCUACACCAUCUUCUACCUCUUCUCAUCCCUGACGUCCAUCCUCCCAUGGGCAAGCUGUGGCCACCAGUGGAACACUGAUAACUGCACUGACAGAAUGCAGGAUUCCAACUCAACCUUUAACAUCAGCUCUCUGCUUAACCCCAAACCUCCCAGUGAGGAAUACUUCUACAACCAUGUGCUAGGGAUCAGCGACGGUGUUCAUGAUCUUGGUGCUGUGAAGUGGAAGCUUGCUCUAUGUCUGAUGGCUGCCUGGGUUAUCACCUUCCUCUGUCUUAUCAAAGGAAUCAAGACCUCAGGAAAGGUUGUAUACUUGACGAGUAUUCCCUACCUUGUCCUCUUCAUCCUCUUCAUCCGUGGAGUCACCCUUGACGGUGCCGUAGAUGGAAUCAUCUUUUACAUGAAACCAGAUUUAUCAAAGCUUCUAACGCCUCAGGUAUGGCAGGAUGCAGCAACACAGAUCUUCUUUUCGUUGGGUGUAGCCUUUGGUUCUCUUCACACUCUCUCAAGUUAUAACAAGUGGAAGAACAAUUGUUACAGGGAUGCUUUGAUAGUGUCCGUCAUCAAUUGCUUAACCAGCAUCUUUGCUGGUUUUGUCAUCUUUUCAGUACUUGGCUUUAUGGCCAAACAAGCAGGCGUUACAGUUAAAGAAAUAGCAACAUCAGGUCCUGGUCUAGCAUUUGUAGCCUAUCCUGAGGCCAUUGCUAAGAUGCCUAUAUCACCUCUGUGGUCUAUUCUAUUCUUUACUAUGCUUUUUAUGCUGGGACUUGGAAGUCAGUUCUGCCAGUUUGAGACUGUGAAUACAGGAUUGGCCGAUGAGCUGGAGAAAUACAGCCCAAAAUUUAGAAAAUACAAGUGGUGUAUAACCCUUACUAUGUCAAUCGUAUGCUUCCUCUUGGGUUUGCCACUGGUUUGUGAGGGUGGAAUGUACCUUGUCAAUCUGAUGAAUGAUUUCUCUGGAGGACUCUCCCUCGUCUUCAUUGGCAUGUUUGAGACUAUUGUCAUUACUUGGUUCUAUGGUGUUGAGAAAUAUCUUGAUAAUCUUGAAGCUAUGCUUGGAUUCCGUCUUAACUUCUUCUGGAAGGCGUGCUGGAAGUUUGUCUCGCCAGUAUUCUUAUUGGUUGUUAUAAUCUUUUCGUUGGCAAUGUAUGAACCAAAGAAGUACGGAGCUAAUUACAUCUAUCCUGGCUGGGCUGAGGCUAUGGGUUGGAUGAUGACUCUAGUCUCAUUGGUUCCCAUUUUCGUUUAUGCUGUCUGGUUUGUCUCGAAGCAGGAUGCCCCCACUUUCAAAGAGAAGCUCCGCAUGGCAUCGCGUCCCGCUCCUGACUUUGGCCCCGUGCUCAAUCACCACCGCAAAGAAGCUGGUUUCGCACCUUUACCGAGGCGUAGAAACAAGACAACCGAGACCAGCAACACCUUCGUCUGAAGCGGGCCGGCCGGCCACACACCAUUCAGGAGUCAUUAAGCAGGAUGCAUUCGAUUUUCAACACAAGCAGGGGGGGGGGGGCUACA